AUGCGGCCAAACUCAAAAUGGAUCAGAGUGAGAGGCAAAAAACUAGCUGUCGACUUGCCCAAGGCUGAGGAAUCCUUGGUGACUCUAGAAAGGGAAAUAGGAAAAGCUGCUGGAGACACUCAUGUGAUAGAAAACAGUGAUGUCUGCUCACCAACGGCAGGGCCGGAUAAAAAUCUCAAUGUAGCUGUGAGUUUAAACCAGGAUGUUGCCCAUCUCAAAAAGCUGCUUGCAUCUGUCAGCCAAAUGCUCACAAAGGGAAAAGAACACUACCAGCUACUAGGUAGGAGGAUUUUGAGCAAAUGGGACGUCUUUCAUUCUUGGGAUUUGACUGGGGUGUGUGGGGGGUGUUUGUUUAUGUCAGAGGAUGAAGAGAAACUUGGAAUGGAUCUCCAAGUCCAGUCUUUUGAUCACAGGAGAAGAAAAUGGUAGAAUGGACAGCAUCACUUCCAGGCUUUAGCUGGGAGAUACCAUUGCUGAAUCUUCCCCCUGUCUAAGAUAGCACAUCAGGGAAAAUGAGUUUCAAGCCAAACCAUUCCCAUAUAGGUUUUAAAAACUAUGAAACAAAUUUGCCUAGAGAGAUGUUCAGCAUUUUUUUUAAAGUGAGAACAUUUUUCCUCUGAAGUGGAACAGGACGCAGCUUCCAAGCCUUCCCCACCUCAUUCAUCAUCCUGUAUAGACUUGCCCAAUUCAUCUUCCUAUAUAGACUUGCCUAGUACUCUCCUAUGCUACACAGAUGUUGCAGAGCGCUUUCGUGCAGCAUCUGACUUCGAAUCCCAAGAUUCAAGAGGAUGUAGCCAUGACAGUUAAAAUGGCAUCAAAAUGCUGUAAAUGUGUCGUGUAAAAAAGGCCUAGAGGAAACAGCUUCUAAUACUGGGUCUGAACUGAUUGCUGUAUUUUGGGUUUUGGGCAGGAGUCCUUCCCCUGAGUAAAACUGCCAACAGGGUUUACAAAGAGGGUGAUUUACACCUUCUCCCCAGAUUAUGCUUCCUUGACCGACUUGUAUUUGAGCCACCUGGAUUGUGUUGGCCAAAACCACCACUUGAAUCAUAGCUUCUGAAAUAGGGACAAGCUAUUUUUUGAGACAGAAUUUAUGGAAGCUAAGCUUUUUAAAUUGGCUUUUGGUGAGUUGUUUUUGCCAGGACCAUGGUAAAUAGGUCUGAGAAAAUGACAUGGAUGUGGCCACUAGGUGGA